AUGUCCGAAGGUACAGAGGGCAGGAUGUCCGAAGGUACAGAGGGCAGGAUGUCCGAAGGUACAGAGGGCAGGAUGUCCGAAGGUACAGAGGGCAGGAUGUCCGAAGGUACAGAGGGCAGGAUGUCCGAAGGUACAGAGGGCAGGAUGUCCGAAGGUACAGAGGGCAGGAUGUCCGAAGGUACAGAGGGCAGGAUGUCCGAAGGUACAGAGGGCAGGAUGUCCGAAGGUACAGAGGGCAGGAUGUCCGAAGGUACAGAGGGCAGGAUGUCCGAAGGUACAGAGGGCAGGAUGUCCGAAGGUACAGAGGGCAGGAUGUCCGAAGGACAGGAGGAUAGGAUGUCUGAGGGUUAG